AUGGAUUUAAUGAGACCACAUUUUGGUAACCUACACCACGUGACCAUUGACAGCUGGUUUACCAGUCCCAAACUUCUGCAUGAUUUAAGGGACAGGGGAGUUUUUGGCACAGGUACAGUUAUUACUUCGAGGAAGGGAAUGCCAGUUAGUUUUAAAACUACCCGCUUGCCCAAGGGAGACAUGAUUGUGAAGUCGCAAGGUCCUUUGAUGGCAGUUCUGUACAGUGAUCGGCGACAGGUGACUCUCCUCAGCACUACAGGAAGUUCCAGAAUGAUGCGAAAAGCUAACACCAAAGGAAAAAUUGUUAAAGCACCAGGAGUUGUGCACAAGUAUAACGAAACAAUGGGCGGAGUAGAUCUAGGUGACCAGCUUCUUACACAGUAUGAACCUCAGUUUCGUAGUCUCAAACUAUGGAAGAAAAUUCUGUUCAGUUUCUUGAUGAUGGCUGCAGUCAAUGCCUAUAUAUGUUACAAGUCCUCCUUCGUGAUACAGAAGAAAAUGGACCACUUACAAUUUCAGAAAGAGAUAAUAAAGGGACUUUUGGGAAAUUUUAGGGAAGGAAGAUCAAGACGGGGACGACUUGGUGUACUGAGAUGUGCUAGAUUGUCUGCCAAACAUUUCAUAGACUGGAUCCCUGAAAAGAAGCGAAUGAAAUGUGCUGUUUGUUCAGGAAAAAGAGGGAACUUUGCCGGAACAAGGAUCCGUACUUGGUGCCCUGAUUGUUCCGUCGGGUUGUGUGUUGGAAAUUGUUUCAGGAAAUUCCACACUCUUAUUAAUUAUGAAGAAUAAAAUUAUU